AUGGCCCUCUUCGCGAUGUUCCUGCCCCACGUACCGAACGACGUGACCAUCCAGCUCAAGAGACAGGCCUUCAUCACCUCCAAGAUUCCUGACGAGCAGCGAUUGGCCCACGUCCGAUCGGCGGGGCAGCGCAACCUGGACAUCAAGGGCAGGGACGACCGACCCCCAGCCAAGGAGAAAAUUGUUAUCCCUAGGUACUCCAUUUGCUGAUAAGGUGUCAUCCUCCAGGGAGACCUGGUGUUGUCAUGGCCGUCUGAUUCGAUUUCCUGAUGGUGCUUCGGUGUCUGCUCCCGUCAUCUGUGAUCUGUGAUAUACGUACCGUGGUGGUACAGGAUAGUCUGCGAGGCCAGGGAUUCCUUGUUUUCCCUGCCUCUCCCUACUUGGACUAUUGAUGCUGCGUGUUGUCGGGAGUUUUUGUCGGGCGCUCGUUACAUGUUCACGCUGGAAGGGUUUGUUGUAUUAUUGUAUCUAUCGGGGUGGGGAGGCAGUCCAUCUGACGUCAUAUCAUAUGUAGGAGGAUCAUUCUUUGUUUUCUUCUAGGAGGGGAACGCCGCUAUUAGGCGCUUUGGACUUGCAUUCAUUUUAGGGUAGACGGGUGGCGAGGUGUUUGUCGUGGUAUGCGUAGCACUGGCGCUGCUGCUGUCUGAAUAUUUACUUUUUAAAAGGCCCGCAAUUUGCGGGGGGUGGAAAGAGAAUUCGUGCGAUGUGUCUCCUGUUCCGUUUGACGGGACUCUAUAUACACAUACAUUGUCGUGCCAUCGAUUCCACGUACGAUGUCAUGAUAUUGUUGCAAUUGUAUGCCGUUGUUGGGGGCGGUGAGCGAGCGUGCGGUAUGUGGACAUUCACGUCACGCGUUUUGAAUGUCACGUUGUAUCAAUGGUUCAUCCGCGCUG